CAGCAGCCGCCCACCUAGGGCCCUGAGCCAAUAAGAGCUCGAGGUGUAUAUGAUUCACCUUGCCUGGGCCAAUCAGCUUGACGCGCGCUCUUCGCCAGCACCUCGCGCGAUAACCUGGAGUCCUCGGCCUUCAGAAUAAAAACUCUUCGCCGGAAAACGACCUUUCCCCGCCCACUGCGCCGACGCUGGAAGCGAGGCGUGUCUGGGAGAUCACUCCGCGCUCCAGCGGCGAAGGAAAGAACGGACUCUGAUCAUGGAAGCCUAGUAAAGUAGUACACCUCUCUCCUUUCGUGAGGCCUAAGAAGAAACUCCUUUUCUCGUCACAGCUACGCCCUGGGCAUAAACGGUCGGGGCGUCAAAGGGAGGGAAGGGAGCGGGCGGGAGGAGACGGUCACGUGGCCGCGGCGGAAGGAUGCGUCUGUGCUGCGUCUCCAUAGGGACGGUCUAUAAAGGGCCGGCGGGCGGCAUCUGCGGCCAUUUCUACUUCGCCCGCCCACAGAUGUAGUUUUUCCCCCACGUGCGCGCUUUCCCUCCUCCCCGCCCUCAGGGUCCACGGCCACCAUGGCGUAUUAGGGGCAGCAGUGCCUGCGGCAGCAUUGGCCUCUGCAGCGGCGGCAGCAGCACAAGGCUCUGCAGCGGCACCCACCAGCGGCUUAAGCCAUGGCGCUUCUCACGGCAUUCAGCAGCAGCGUUGCUGUAAGCGACAGAGACACCUUCGAAUUAAGCACAUUCCUCGAUUCCAGCAAAGCACCGCAACAUGACCGAAAUGAGCUUCCUGAGCAGCGAGGUGUUGGUGGGGGACUUGAUGUCCGCCUUCGACCAGUCGGGUUUGGGGGCUGAAGAAAGCCUAGGUCUCUUAGAUGACUAUCUGGAGGUGGCCAAGCACUUCAAACCUCAUGGGUUCUCCAGCGACAAGGCUAAGGCGGGCUCCUCCGAAUGGCUGGCUGUGGAUGGGUUGGUCAGUCCCUCCAACAACAGCAAGGAGGAUGCCUUCUCCGGGACAGAUUGGAUGUUGGAGAAAAUGGAUUUGAAGGAGUUCGACUUUGAUGCCCUGUUGGGUAUAGAUGAUCUGGAAACCAUGCCAGAUGACCUUUUGACCACGUUGGAUGACACUUGUGAUCUCUUUGCCCCUCUAGUCCAGGAGACUAAUAAGGAGCCCCCCCAGACAGUGAACCCAAUUGGCCAUCUCCCAGAAAGUUUAACAAAACCCGACCAGGUUGCCCCCUUCACCUUCUUGCAACCUCUUCCCGUUUCCCCAGGGGUCCUGUCCUCCACUCCAGAUCAUUCCUUUAGUUUAGAGCUGGGCAGUGAAGUGGAUAUCACUGAAGGAGAUAGGAAGCCAGACUCCACUGCUUAUGUUAUUACCAUGAUCCCUCAGUGCAUAAAGGAGGAAGACACCCCUUCAGAUAAUGAUAGUGGCAUCUGUAUGAGCCCAGAGUCCUAUCUGGGGUCUCCUCAGCAUAGCCCCUCUACCAGGGGCUCUCCAAAUAGGAGCCUCCCAUCUGCAGGUGUUCUCUGUGGGUCUGGGCGCCCCAAACCUUACGAUCCUCCUGGAGAGAAGAUGGUAGCAGCAAAAGUAAAGGGUGAGAAGCUGGAUAAGAAGCUGAAAAAAAUGGAGCAAAACAAGACAGCAGCCACUAGGUACCGCCAGAAGAAGAGGGCGGAGCAGGAGGCUCUCACUGGAGAGUGUAAAGAGCUGGAAAAGAAGAACGAGGCUCUAAAAGAGAGGGCGGAUUCCCUGGCCAAGGAGAUCCAGUACCUGAAAGAUUUGAUAGAAGAGGUCCGCAAGGCAAGGGGGAAGAAAAGGGUCCCCUAGUUGAGGGUAGUCAGGAGCGUCAAUGUGCUUGUACAGAGUCUGCUGUAGCUGUGUGUUCCAAUAAAUUAUUUUGUAGGGAAA